GUAUUAAACCAAGUACGAAAAAAAAGCAUCUAGAGGCAAAUAUCAAUGGGGGUUACUUGUGUGUGCCAGGUGCCGGUGGCAGAGGGGAAGAGUGUGCAGCAGACUGUGGACAUGGUGCACAAGAAACUGGAGCAGCUGGGCGCUGUGAAACAGGGCAGCUUCUGUGUCGACUGUGAGACGUACCAUGCGACUGGAAGUGUCAGCGGUCAGCCCUCCAAGCUCUUAUACGUGAUGCACAACUCAGAAACCCCCCUGAGCUGCCUGGCUCUGUUUGAAAACGGACCCUGUCUGGUAGCUGACGCCAACUUUGACGUUCUCAUGGUGAAGCUCAAGAGUCACUUCCAGAAUGCCAAGGGCCACAAAGUGGAGUGUCGGGGCUCACGAUACCGCUACUGCGACUUCCUGAUCAAAGUUGGCACAGUGACCAUGAGCUCAAGUGCCAGAGGGAUAUCAGUAGAGGUGGAAUAUUGUCCCUGUGUGGUUCCAGGGGACUGCUGGAAUCUAAUGAAGGAGUUUAUGCUGUCAUUCCUGGGCCCCAGCAUCCCAGAGCUGCCAUCUGCGUUUGCUGCCAAGCCUGAAGGCAUUUUUGCACCGGCUGACUGCAUUGAUACCAUGACACAGUAUCUGGAGUUGUUCAACAAACUGCGUAAACUGCAAAUUCAAGGGAGUAAUGUGCGUUGAAUUGCCAUUCCUAAAGGAGAGCUUUUUUUUUUUUUUAUAUAUUCCGAAUAAUAUUCAUCAAUUCUGGUCCUGUGGAUCAAGAAUCUAUCCUGGCAUCUGAUAAUAAAGUCUGGCCUUUUAUUUCCAUUGAUGGAGCCUCAACAUCAUGUAUAAAUCCAUCAGAAGAGCGGGUCUUGUAUUUUAAAAAGAAAAAAAAAGAGACUGGUGAAGAACAAAUAAAAAAUCUUUUGUGUAUUCAAAUUUUCAUUUACGAGGUUCACACAGAUGACACUAAACCAGGUCUGUACGCUAUAUACGUAUAGGUGAAGCCAAUGCUGAUUCUAUAAGGUUGGGUAAUACAAGUUAACAUGAAGAAAAAAAAAAGUGCAGCCACGAAACAAAUAUAUAUUUUUUUAUUUCUUUAGGGUAGCACAGUGAGCUAUGAGUUAGCAUGUCUGCCUCACAGUUCUGAAGUUCAGUUCAAAUCUUGGCUGCGGACUUCUUGUGCGGUGUUUGCAUGUGCUUCCUAUUCUUGUGUGGACAGGUAGUCCAGCUUCCUCCCACAUUCCAGAAACUGAUGUUAUAGAACAUCACUGAACACUCUAAUUUGGCCAUAGGUGUGAUUGUGAGUGUCAAUGGUUGUCCAUAUGUGCCUUGCAAUUGACUGGCGACCAGUCCAGGGUGAAAAGCUGGUACAGGCUCCAGCUCACCGAAGACCCCAAUGAGGAAAAGCACAAAAAAAUGGAUAGAUGGAAGGUAGAUUUGGGUGGUGGGUCAUGGCUAAAAAAACUUACUCUUAAAGGUUAGGUUUUAACUCGUAAUGCACCGAUACAAUCAAUGUACUGUAUAUUGUACGAUACUGUAUACCUGUUUGUGUACUUGUAAAAAUAAAACUCAUGCCAUGUUUAAGAAAAGUUUGUUUUUGAAGAAUUUUCCUAUAAAUAAUACAUUUUCAUCACUAUUGCAAGAUGUAAUGACUUCAAGUAUCAAUACUUGGUAUUGGCGAGUACUCAAAUGUAAGUACUUACAA